CAGCAGAAGGAAGUGCGUUUCGCAGUUAUUCGUUAGUCAGUGUGUCGUCGUCGUUUUAAUGCAGUAGUAUUACAUACAAGGAGAGACUUCAGCGGGCAAACGAAAACAAACCUGCUUCCCUGGUGUGGAGUGGUGUGGUGACGCAGAGCAACGCAAGUCGCGGCAAAAUCUGCAGAGACGCAUAACUUCGCGAUCGUUCGGAAACCGCCAAACAGUCGGCGUUGGGGUCGUAAACGCAGUGGAUGUGAUAAAUAUCAUCGGGACCCGAUCAGGAAAGUGGUGUUUUGGUGAUGGGAGUUGCGGGCUAAUCCUACACCCCGUGCAUUUUGUGAUUGCUGGCGAACCGGUUCCCAAGCAGAUGAUUGUAUUUUUGGCAGAGUACCAUGUGGCUUAUGUAAUGCAAUUCAGUGUGGAAAAUUCCGAAGAUUCAUAAGAAACGUACGAAGGGAUGUUUAAGAAGAUAGUGAAUUUUGAUUGUAACUGUGAAAAGUGUGUACGUGAAAAUGCGUGACAACUUUAUGCUGCUGAUGGGCACGGCUUGUGCCCUUAUCUGUCUGCAAGCUGUACAGUCGGAUUUGAAUGAGGUGGACGAUGUAGACUACGAAGAGGAAGGAUUUUGGAUUGGCCAUGGACUUGGGAGCAGGAAAGAUGGUGACGAAAUCCUCAAGGUGAUGUACAAAUCAGUAGGUCCAUUCAGCGAGCCACAGAACGUGACAGUGGUGGAGAAGUUCACAGCAGGUGAAGGCGAGAGCAUUACUUUCACGCAGUUUAACUCAUCAAAGGUGCUUACGUACUUCAGAGAAAUGGUUCUGGACUUCAACCCAAAGAAUUUCUAUAUCAAACUAAAUUUGUACAACAUCACGAAUCUAAGGCUACAAAGGACAGUAUACGGCUACCGAUCAAAUUCAGUGAAAAGGCGAAAUGCUCUUUAGCUCAUUGCGUAAACUUUCAUUAACAGUAGAAAGUCGAAUAGUUUGAUGAUAAGAAUUGUAAAUUAACUUUUAUCAAUAUGUUUAUAAUGUUAAAUAAUGUAGUAAGUUAAGCAAUCAUCCCAUAGAAGACCCGUUUUUGAAAAACGAAAACCGUACUAGACCUUUAAUACCAAAAAUGAUUUACAUUUUGAACUGUUACUAGGAUAAACGAUGUACGUACACCACAAAACGUACUACAAUUUUAACAGUAUUUCAUGAUAUUUACAUAAACCCAUAAUGACAGCUCCACUGUACAAAUGAAUCACUAGUUGAUCUAGCAGAAAAAUAUACCUCACGUUGAGCAUCCCCACCCCAAACGGAUUACUGAAUCAGAGAUAAUAAUUGAUAUCCAGUAUGGAAAUUAUGCCGAAUAAACACUCGUAAAGACCAUCCAUAUUAGCCGUGACAAAUCCAAUUGAAAGUAAGAGUUACGAAAAUAUGCCUACACGUACAGGUAAUACCGAUUAUGUCAAUCGUUUGCUAAUGACUUCACACAAUAAGCCAGCCCACUAAACACAUACCUGAAAAGCAUUGAUAGCCAAUUAUCCAAGUGGAUGACAAUUGACGAGCAUGUACGUUUGACGAAAUGGUGCUAAGUCCCAAUGCAAAUAUAAUAACCACCGACCGAUCACAUCAGCAAUAAUUGUAAGUGCUGUCCUCCAUCCAUACCUCCCAUAUCGAUAAGUGUAUGAUAGUCGAACCGGAUAUCACUUUAGCAGCGUACUUACAUAUCAGCCGGGGCUACAGAGCACUGCAGUGUCAAUGCACGAUGGAUAUGAUUAUGCAAAAGUUUGUUUUAAUUUUCAUACUGUCAUCCAAUAUGAAUCCAUGGGUUGGCCGCGCAGAGAGCGGAAAAGUGAAAGAUGCAAAUAUAAGUAUAAUUAUUGAUUAGUUGUACGGCGAAAGG